CGUCGGUUUGGUUUUGGUUCUAGUUCCGUGGCAGUCGACGUUGCCGUCGACCACGAUUCCCCUGCCUCGGCUCGUGGCCUCGCGCGCGCCUUCGAAAACUAUUCUUUCCUUCCUUUUCUCUCCCUCCCCGACUCUACUUUCUUCUCUUUCUUCUUCUUCCCAAGAGAGAGAGAGAGAGAGAGAUAUCGUUAGCGCGUCGUUUACCGUGUCACGGCGAUAAUAAUCGAGACGCGACUUGCAUCGAAAAGUGGAAUAAAGUUGGCCGAGCCACCUGAUCUAAUUUAACGCGGGAAAAAGUAGUCCCAAGAAUAACGACUCGUCGUCGAAGAGAAAGGAGGAAUCGUUUCGAGCAAGCUGUUUAGCGGGCGAGAUCAAAGUUACGGAAGAGAAAGAGAGAGAAGAUAAAACGCGAGAGGAAUAUAUCGCAUCGAAGAAUAUUUUGGACAAAGGGAUUCGAAAGAAAAGGGAGAGAGAGAGAGAGAGAGAGAAAAAAACGUCGGCUCGUUUCCUUAAUCAAAAGAUUUCGCCGCUGCCGCUACGCGCCUCGACUAAUAACGAGCACGUGUUGCCGAAAAGAAAAAAAAGAAGAAGGGAGAAGGAGUCUGCGGACAAUUGGGAAAGGAAGGAACUCGAGGAACGUUGGAGGAGACAUUCCGCGUUGGACUCUGUGUACAGUGUUGUCUGUUGCGCAGUUGUACAGUCCGUGUCGCAUAGUUCGAAUCGUGGAGAAUGUGCCCGGCUACGUGGAUCCGUUUCCCGCCGAUCGAGGGGAGAGGCGAGAAUAAUCGGUCGUCGAGAAGAAAUCGCGGUUGAUUCGAAUCGAAUCGAGGAGGACUCGAGGAGGAGGAGGGGGAGGAGGAUCGAAUGUCCGUGAGGGUGUCGAUCGGCGUGGGUGGUGGGCCGCGCGUCGACUCGAGCAACACCUGAUCCUCGGCUCCCGGUUCGAGAUGCGGCGCACGUCGGGACACGUGUUUCUGACAAGUUUGCUGAUACUGCUUCGCCGAGCGGACGCAGCCACCGAGGAUUCGCCCGAAUUCUCGAACAAAGGGUCUACGACUUUCGCUCUUACAGCGCCGCUCAGAUUGGUGUGGGCCAGCAGGGGGGAGGACGUGGAAUUGCCCUGCGACAUCACUCCACCGACCCCCGACGACUCCGUCAACAUGGUUCUCUGGUUCAAAGACACGGCCGGGAUACCUCUUUACAGCUUGGACGCGAGAAGCAGGGAUCUCGCUUCCGCCAUUCACUGGGCGGUCAGCGACGAUCUUGGGAAGAGGACCUACUUUCAAAUCGGCAACGGGCAUCAGGCGAGGUUGAAGGUGACCAAGGUCACGUACAGGGACCAGGGGAUCUUCAGGUGCAGGGUGGAUUUCGUAAAUUCUCCGACGAGAAACUUUCGCGUGAAUCUGACCCUCGUCGAGGAGCCAUCCAGGCCUAUGAUAUACGAUGCUCAGGGGCGAGAGGUGACAGGGGUGGGCGGACCAUUCUUGGAAGGUUACAACCUCGCGUUGAUCUGCCAGGUGUCCGGAGGAAGGCCGAAGCCUACGGUCACGUGGUGGAUGGACGGGGAAAUAUUGGACGGCGUGGACGACACGCCGCACAUCGGCUCGCCGAGCAAAUUCACGGAGAAUCAACUUUUCAUAGCGAACGUGACGAGAUCGUUGUGGGGAAAGAAGCUGGAGUGCAGGGCACAAUCGCCACCGAUGUCCUCUCCGAUCGUUCGCGAAGUCCCUCUGGACAUUUACCUGAAACCGGCCCUCGUCAAGAUCGUUCUGGCCGAGGAACAGAUCUACGCGAAUCGGCCGAUCACGGCGCGUUGCGAGACAUGGGGGAGCUCGCCCGCGGCGAGGGUGGUGUGGAGGCUGGGCAGACAGGUGAUAGGCGACUCGAACGUGUCCACCACCCAGAGAAGCAAUUCCACGGUCAGCAAACUGCCUCUGAUCCUUAACAAAGACGACAAUGGGAGGAGAUUAACUUGCAGGGCCGAGAAUCCGAGAUUUCCCGGCGGGGUCCUCGAGCAGACCGAGAUCGUGGACGUCGCCUACAGCCCGGUCGUGUCGAUCGAUCUAGCAACCGGCUACGUCCUGGACACGCUCAGGGAAGGAGACGAUCUGAAAUUUGUGUGCGACGUGGACAGCAAUCCUCCACCAACCAGAAUCGUUUGGUAUCACAAGGAUAAUCGAUUGGAGCACGAUGUGGCCGACGGAACGUUGAUAGCCUCGAACACGUUGACGUUGAGGGUGCUCACUCUGGCCCACGCAGGCGAGUACUCGUGCGAGGCGAUCAAUUCCGUGGGUGGGGGUCGCAGCCCGCCGAUCUUGGUCCGCAUGAAAUAUGCCCCGAGAUGCAGGGCGGGCUACGAGAGGCGCGAGGUCACAGCCGGCCGUUACGAAACGGUGUCGCUGCGUUGCGAGGUCGACUCGGUUCCCAGGGACGGCGUCAGGUUCUCGUGGACGUACAACGGGACGCUUGGUGACGUGUUGCCAAUGCCAAACUCGAAAGCUCGGAACAACGGGCUCGUUAGCGUUCUCGAGUACACUCCCACCGUUGACACCGACUUCGGAACUCUCGCGUGCUGGGCGAGCAACAGCGUCGGAAGACAAAGGGCGCCUUGUAUAUUCAACAUCGUGGCUGGAAGGCCACCGCAGCCGCCAUCCGACUGCUCGCUCAACAACGAGACCACCCCCCUCCUCCAAGUGAAUUGCGUCCCAGGCGCGGACGGUGGCAUGCCGCAGUACUUUUUGCUCGAGGUCCGGGGGGCGCCGAGGAGGGAUCCCGUCCAAGCCACCGCUUAUUCGCCGACGCUCCACGCGCCGCAGAGCGACCAGGGGACGGUGGGGGGCGAGGCGCCUCCCAUAUACCAAGAGCGGAAUCCAAGCCCGAGUUUCCAGAUACGGGGCCUCGAUCCGGGCUUCGAUUACACGUUUUACGUGUACGCGGUGAACGGGCAGGGGAGGAGCGAGCCGGUCCUCCUCGAGAACGUGAGGGUCGGCGAGGUGAUGGGCGAGGGGAGGGUGGAGAGGAACGGCCUGUUCCUCGAGGAUCUGAAGAGGGCGCUGCCCAACAGCAGCCCCGAGAACGUGAUCAUCGUGGUCGCGUUGACAGGUACAGGUGCGGUUGCUUUGAUCUUGAUCGGGAUCGGCGUGAUCAUCGGGCUGGCCGUCUGCAGGAGAAGGAGCGCACUACCCGUGAAAGAUGGGCCGGACGAUUUCACCAUCCCCACCUACGUCUCCGCUCAAAGGGUCGAGCCGAGGAUCAGAUACUCGGGCGACGGCAGGCGAGUGUCCCAGAGAGCGAGUUUGUACAUGGAGGAGAAUCGAAACGAGCCUGACCUGCUGCAGAGGGUCGAGAUCGACGUACACGAUUAACGUUUAUUAUUAUUAUUAUUAUUAUUAUUAUUUCUCCUUGUACAGAUAGAAGUAAGAAGCGAAAGGAAGGGAAGAGAAGGGGUAUAUGGGAUAUGCAUGUCGUGUGCGUGUCGUAUGACACGUUGUUAUACGCUUUCCGCGACGUGAUGUGUAUAUAUCAGGUGUCUAUUUCCCUUAGGAUAAGUUAAUUUAAGUUUGGUUAAGAUAAUGUUUCCAACAAUUCCUGUACCUGUUGUUUUUCGAUUUCUAACGUUUAAAAACGAUGACGAGCUCUGGACUGGUUGUGUUACACUUUUUUUUUCUUUUUUUCUUUUCGCGUAAUUCACGUGCCUUUUCUUUUUGGACGAAGAAAGUAUUAUACGUACAAUCGCGUACAGCUCGGUCGAUAAACUGUCCUUCUCGCGUUAAAUAAUAGUUUUAACUUAAGCUUGGCCGCUUCGCGUAUUAUGUGUACAAACACACUUGUCCUUUCGACCAAUGAUCUCACGUACCUCGGACACGUGGAACGUACGUACUUCUUCUGUAUGUGUAUUCACCUAGCAACCGAAACGCUUAUCUUAAUUGUGUAAAUAGCGCAUAAGAAAAAGAAAGAGAGAAAAGUGGGAAAAAGAGAGAUAGCGACGUUGUAUUUACUUAUAUUAUAGGAAAUAAAUUUUUAAUACCUAGAUACCUGUUCUUUUCGACGCUAUACUGCAGAAGGACAAAUUGUAUUUAAACAGACCAAUUUGACCAUCCAUACUGAAUCCAUACUGAAAAAUAUAACGCGUGUGUCGCUUCGUAAAACAAUUUUCCAAAAGAUCGUAACUUUUGCGAUCCCCUCGACACAUUCGAAACGCACAGAGAGAAGAGAUCGCGAGGAGGAACAACAAGAACCUUAUUCAAAUUAUACGAUAUUUAUUCCGGGAUCACUUGAGGAAACUUGGAUUCCUCGUUAAAUAAAACGAGCUGCGUUGUUUGCCGCAAUUCUCGGUGGCUGUAAAUACACGAUUCGAGUUUCCAGGGAUAUUAUCUUGAAGGCGUUGGCAGGCGAACGAUCUAAACGUCCGUUACGCGUAGCGUUGCGAUUAGCUUGUUUCGAUUUUGUUUCGAUCUCGAGGCGGUAGAUAUUUUUAUGGAUGAAAAAUUGGGGGGGGAUAUCCGAUUCGUUGGGAUCGAUGUCGAUUACGCUUUGACGAAAGGAUGGAUGGAAUAUUCGAUCGCGUUUAUACGUUAUUUACGUGCAAUCCGGCAUAAAUGUAGCGCGCUAAUAACUAUCACAACCGAAUUACGAGCGAAAUUACGCGCGUAAUCUGAAACUCCUCUUACACGUUACGCGUUACAUAAACGGGAGAGUGGAUACGAGAAAGAA